GAAAUGUGAUUUGAAAUGUCAGUCAGUGGACAUUUUUAGGUUAUGUUUAAAUUUCGUUUAAAAUAAAUUCCGUGAUUAUCUUUAAAACAAUGGAAAAUAGUAAUAAAAUAAUACCUCCUCAUCUAAAUGCGGAAGUUUAUAGAACAGAUACCACCGGCGCAUGCUCAAUCUCUUAUUUGGAUUAUAUUCGUCUUCACCCAGAUGAUGGUAUUCUAAUAGGAUGCUCUGAACUAACUGGACGUUAUUGGAAUGGUGGAGCGAAUCUCUACAAAUCUGUCACUGAAGCGCAGAGAUCUCAUUCAAAUGAAAAAAGAGCCAUUAGUCUGACAAGUGGCACAGCUGAUGGUUGUUUUGUUGGUAAUCCAUCUAAGGUCCUUCUUUGUGAAGACAGUGGAGCAAUAAGCAUAUGGACAGUCUCCCAUAAUGACUCGUGGAAACAAUGGAGCGAAGAGAAGUCUGUGGCUGAGCAUGACGACUCGGUGUUAGCCGUGGACUGCCUUCAGUCCGAAAAAGAAUAUGUUACAGCAGGGGCUGACGGCAAUAUCAAGGUGUGGGAUAUCAAUGAGAUGAUUUGCAUUAGAAAUUACCUAGCAGCACAUAGUUUGGCAAUACAUGGAGUGGUGGUACGGCCCUCAUCAAGUGCAUGUUUUGCAACAGGCUCCUUGGACUACAGUGUGACGCUAUGGGAUGAAAAUGUCUCACAGCCAGUUUUAGAUCUAGCCAAAAACAGCUGUGGUGUACGGUGUCUGCAAUGGACCGACGAAAAUUGUCUUAUUUAUGGUGAUGAAGCUGGUGUCAUGUAUUUAGUUGAUGCCAGAAAACCAGAAACUACUAUAAAACUAUGUGAAUUCCCUGCUGCUAUCCACAAAUUAGUGGUUCACACUGAAGCCCAUAAAGUGGCAGUGUGCUGUGACAACAAAAUUGUAUCAGUAUGUGAAUUAAACGAAAAUGCCACCCAAAAAGUAAUAUACCAUGACAGACAUAUGCACACAAAUUUCGUUAGGGAUGCUGCUUGGGAUUUGAUGGAGAGCAAGACUCUGCACACAGUCGGGUGGGACGGUGAGAUUAAGUCGCACAAUAUAACCUGGGAUUGUGAGUAAUUUACAUGCAUACCUGAUCGAAAUAAACAAUUCCCACCUUUA